GCAGCAGGCCUGAGGAGUGACUACUUCCGGUGAGGGAAGAGGGUCAACUAGAAGCAGUCAUGGCGGGGGUCGUAACGGCGGCAGCGCGACGUUUUCACCGGGGCAGCGCUUUGGCGGGAGCAAGACUCUUCUGCGAGGCUCCAGGAGCGAGACUCGGCUGGCGGCGCCAAGCUCUUUCGGGGCGAGGAGGCGGAAGGAGAGAGGUGCUUGAAAAAUCUAGAUUUUUCAGAAGAGGAUUUGCAUUUUCAGCACUAUCUUAUUUGGGAUAUGAAGCAUAUGUAUUCAUCUCUCAGUCUGCCAUGGUGGUUCAUGCUGGUGACCAAGCAGAUGAACUCCUAGAUCAAGCAGACUAUCUGUAUGGAAGUGGGGAAACUGAAAAGCUUUGUCAGUUGCUGAAUCAACACAAAACCAGUGACAAUGCGCAGGUGCUGUGGCGCCUGGCACGAGCAUCACGCGACCUGGCUCAACUUAGCCAUACUUCUGCAGAGAAAAAGAGGCAGUUGACCUAUGAAGCCCUUGAUUAUGCAAAGAAGGCACUCGAGAAAGAUCCAUCAUGUUUUAGUGUGCACAAGUGGUAUGCAAUCUGCAUCAGUGAUGUCGGAGAUUAUGAAGGAAUAAAGACAAAAAUUGCCAAUGCUUUUGUUAUUAAGGAACACUUCCAGAAAGCAAUUGAACUGAAUCCAAAGGAUGCUACCUCACUUCAUCUUAUGGGCAUUUGGUGUUAUACAUUUGCUGAAAUGCCAUGGUAUCAGAGCAAAAUAGCUGCAGUUUUAUUCUCAACUCCACCAAGUUCCACCUAUGAAGAGGCUUUACGUUACUUUCAGAAAGCUGAAGAUGUUGAGCCAAAUUUCUAUAGUAAAAACUUACUCUUCUUGGGAAAGACAUACAUGAAGUUAAACAACAGAAAGCUGGCCCUUCUGUGGUUAACAAAGGCCAAGGAACGCCUGUCACACACAGAGGAGGAUAAGCAGGUACAAAAAGAAGCUUUGGAAUUGCUAAAUUCUAUGUGACAAGAUUGCUGAAAGCAUAUGAAUUGCUCUAAUUUACUGAUCAGCCUUUGAUUCUAACAGAUCUGAUAUUAUUAAAAUGAUAUUAUUAUUUGGAACCGCAAGAAAUUCCAGAAUGUGGACAAGAAGUUCCAGAAUUUAUAGAUAUUUUUGUGUGUGUUCCAAAAGCAGCUAUGCAGUUGACAAGCUUUCUGAAACAACUCUUCUAGCAUUUGGUUCUCCAUUCCUACCUUGUCUCUCACUAUCCAGCAUUUGGGGAAAGAAGAACCUAAUUAUCAUUUUAGGCUCUUAGUCCUCCAUUUCAGAGCUGAGAAACUCACUUUCUUCUUUUGGAAGAUUCCUAAGAGGCAGAAUAUAUGUUUACUUCCUUAAGCCUAGGAUAUUCUUUAUCCUUAGGGAGUAAGGAUGCCUUUUAAGUACUAGGGUGCUUCAUUUUUCUUGGAUUACUUGAUUACCCACUAAUUGACUUCUGGCAAGGUUUAACUAUAUAGUUUUGUAAAUACCAUUGAGGAUAGUACCUUAGAGGUACUAUCUGUCUUCUUGGAGAAGUAUAGCUUCUUCUUUUUUGCAAUGGGUGCCCCACGAAGACAGCAGCAAAACAUGUUAGACACAAUAUGGGUCACCUAAUUGCCCCUUCUUUGUGCUGAAGAUUGACGUUACCUUAGGGAAGUUAAGCCAGCUUUUUAUGCAGCUAUGCCUGGUGUACCAGAUUUUCUGAUGGAUGAUGAUGAUCAUAAUGAUCCAGCUUAAAUGCUGAAUCCUUUUCUGAGGGCAUAUAGGGUGUUUUUUUCUUACAGACUUGCCUUUUUACAUAUUACUAUUAUCUAGGUCCCAGUGCCACCUGUAAUGCAAAUAUACUCUCAAAGUAGCAUUAUUUCUUUCCUUGAGUUUCCAUCUGUUUAGGCCUGAAAGAUCCAUUGCAAUAUUACCUUAUAAGGCCAACUCAACCUAAAGUAGGCACUUAAGUCUCAGCUGGACUCAACAACUGUGCCCACCUCAAACUCUUAGCACCCAUCAAUAUAAAUAAUUCAUAGAUAACCUGAAACUCUCAGGGCAUGUGCUAGUUGCAAACAAGGCCAACUGAAACUGCAGCUUAUCUGCCACAUAAGCAGAGCACUUUAUCUUUGAUCAUUGAAAGGAAAAUAGGAUACAGGAAUACUCAACUAGAGCUGGUGUAGCCUAGUGCUAAGAGAAGGAGCUGGGACAUUUCUAAUUCAAAUUUCAGCUUGAUCAUAAAAUCACAGGGAGACCCAACCACUCCCAAGUUGGAAUGUCGAUGUAAUAGAGGCUUAUCUUUUAGUUCAUUUGUGAGGAUUACUGAUUGUAUUGUAUUACUGAUGUAUUGUAUGUGAAAUGUUUUAAAUAAUAUUGGGGAAUAUUCUGGUACAGGGCACUACAGCUUCUCUGUUGCAAGCAGACAAGUGAGGUUUUUAAAGGAUACUGGUCUUUUUAGUGUUUGGCAGUAUGUGAGUACUGUUGCUUAUGAACCUAAAUUGAACACUGCUCAUACACAACAGGGAGAUAACAGACUUAAGGGAACUCUGAGGUUUGCAGAAUUUCACACAAUCUUUAGAAGAAGAAAAUCUAAAUGCAAGAGAACCCCCCAAAAUAAUCCAAUUUGGUCAGUGCCCAUGGAGUGUUAGCUGGCAAUUGUGGGAGGGGGAAUGGAGUGGCGGGAAUACUCAAUCCAGCAGCAUUUUGUUGUAGAUUCUACUUGUCUAAAAUUAAUACUGUUCAAUUGGGUUCCUCAAGCAGGUGUGUGUGAAAAAGGCUGAGGAAAGAAUAAGCAGAUUAAGAAUCAUACGUUAUAGCUUAAAAUGGUGUCCAGUUGCUGCAGGGAAUUUGUCCUCCCACCCAAAACCGGUCAGAAGAACGCUGCAGAGUUUAAGGGAAGUGCAAUCAGCCUGAGGACUAAGGACUGCUGGAAUGUGUGUGUCUAUUUUAAGUUCCCUUGAGAAUCAUUCAACUGAAAGGUGGUGCAUAAAUCUUUUAAAUAAAAAAUAAAAAUAGUAAGCAAUGCAAUAAACACUUUAGAUGGCAGAA